GGUUUUUUGCAAUUUCCUUCUUGUUGUGUAAACCACGAUUAUAUUUAACCGUUUAAAGAAAAGAAAAAUAUCCUCUUGUUAUAUAUAUAUUUCACUUAUCAUAUAUAUAUUUCACUUAUCAAUGACGACACAAAAUUCACGAAAAAGUUCUACAUAUUUGCCCGGCGGAGAAGUUUUUCGACGAUUUUCAACCAGUUCUCGUGGUGCAGGAGUAGUUGACGUCGUAGCCCAUGCUGCUUUCAAUGAAAAAAAAUGGGUUUGGGUCGAGGAUAAAGAAGCGGGAUAUAUCGCCGGUUACAUAACGAAGGAAAUGGGCGAAAAAGUGGAAGUCCACUUUAAUGAUAAUUCGUCCCGUGUUGUUAAUGUGAACGAAACAGAAAAAAUGAAUCCACCUAAAUUUGAUAAGGUGGAAGACAUGGCUGACUUAACACAUUUAAAUGAAUCAUCUGUAGUUCAUAACCUUCGAUUACGAUAUUUAUCUGAUAUGAUAUAUACAUAUUCAGGGCUUUUUUUGGUUGCCGUCAAUCCAUAUCACCCGCUCCCAAUAUACACGGAUGAGAUAAUACGAUCCUAUAAAAAUAAACGACGGUACGAAAUGCCGCCUCAUAUUUACGCAGUCGCUGACGCAGCUUAUCAUGACAUGUUACAAGAGCGUGAAAAUCAAUCUAUUCUUAUAACUGGUGAAUCUGGUGCAGGAAAAACUGAAAAUACGAAAAAGGUUAUUCAGUAUAUAGCGACAAUAGCCAGUGAUAGCGCUAACACUAAGAAGUAUGGACUACUCGAACAACAAAUCCUACAAGCCAAUCCGAUAUUGGAAGCUUUUGGAAAUGCUCAAACAAUUCGAAAUAACAACUCCUCUCGUUUUGGUAAAUUUAUUCGUAUUGAAUUCAGUUCGGCUGGUCAAAUUUCUGGUGCGAAUAUCGAACGAUAUUUAUUGGAAAAGUCACGUGUAACUUAUCAGACGCCUGAGGAACGAAAUUUUCAUAUAUUUUAUCAGUUGUUGAAAGGAGCUUCACCCACAAUUAAAGAUAAAUUUCUAUUGGAUGGUUCAUUGGAUGAUUAUAGGUUCACAAAACAUUCAAAAAAAAAUAUUGAUGGUGUGGAUGAUACUGCUGAAUUCGAAAUACUCUUGAACGCCAUGAAUGUUGUUGGUAUUUCACAAGAUGAACAAAUUGACCUUUUUCGUAUAAUAGCAUCUGUUCUUCAUCUCGGAAAUAUUAAUGUAACUUCCGGAAGAGACGAUCAAGCUUAUAUUUCGGACACUUCUGCAGCUGAAAAAGUAUGUCAUGUAUUGGGUAUUCCAACAGAGGCUUUUAUAAAAGGACUUAUUAGGCCUCAAGUAAAGGCGGGUCGCGAGUGGGUUGCUCAAGCUAGAACUAAGGAACAAGUUUUGUAUUCAAUUGAGGCUUUGGCAAAGGCAUUAUAUGAGAGAAGCUUUGGUGCAUUGGUUGAAAGAAUUAAUAAAGCAAUUGAUACGCCAUCAAAUAAAGCUUAUUUUAUCGGAGUUCUAGACAUUGCUGGUUUUGAAAUAUUCAAAACAAAUGGAUUUGAACAAUUAUGUAUCAACUAUACCAACGAAAAAUUACAGCAAUUUUUCAAUCAACAUAUGUUUGUAUUGGAACAAGAACAAUACAAACUCGAAAAUAUUGAAUGGAAUUUUAUUGAUUUCGGACUAGACCUACAACCAACAAUUGAUUUGAUUGAAAAAGCUAAACCUGUUGGUAUAUUGGCUUGUUUAGACGAAGAAUGUGUUAUGCCAAAGGCUAGUGACAAGACAUUUGUUGAGAAAUUACAUAGUAUUUGGAAAAAUAAAUCGUCAAAGUAUGGUGUACCUCGAUUUCAACAAGGAUUCAUUCUCAACCAUUAUGCCGCAAAAGUGGAAUAUACAACUUCAGGAUGGCUUAAUAAGAAUAAGGAUCCUCUUAAUGAGAAUGUUACUAAACUUUUGGCGCAUUCUUCACAGCCAUAUAUAGCUUCACUCUUUACCGAUUUCCUUGGUGAUACUACAGAUUAUGGUACAAAGAAUCGUGUUAAACGCGGAGUUUUCCGCACGGUUGGUCGUAGGCAUAAAGAACAAUUACAUUCAUUAAUGCAGCAACUUUAUUCAACUCAUCCUCAUUUUGUUCGUUGUAUUGUGCCUAAUGAUGAAAAAAUGGCUGGAAAAAUCAACGUACCACUUGUGCUAGAUCAAUUAAGAUGUAAUGGUGUUCUAGAAGGUAUUCGUAUAUGUCGUGCGGGAUUUCCUAACCGAUUAGGUUUUAUUGAAUUUAGGCAAAGAUAUGAAAUCUUGGCUCCAAAGAUUCUUCCAAAUGGCUAUGUUAAUGGACGAGAAGCUGCACAGAAAUUGUUGGAAGCCUUUCAACUUGAGAGUGACCAAUAUCGUAUUGGUUUGAGUAAAAUCUUCUUUCGUGCUGGCGUGUUGGCUGAAUUGGAAGAAGUCCGAGAUACAAAAUUAUCUUUUGUGUUUACGAGAUUUCAAGCGCAUUGUCGUGGAAAACUUUCGCGAAAAGAUUAUAGUAAACUUUCAGAAAAAACUUCCGCUGCUCUUGUUAUUCAAAGGAAUAUACGAGCAAUUAACAAACUCAAACAAAAUCCUUGGUGGAAGCUUUACUACCAAAUUAGGCCAAUGUUACCAAGUAAAAAAGAUGAGCAGAUUAGACUAUUGAAAGAACGUAUAAAAGAAUUGGAAGAAAAAGUACAGCACGAGAUACAGGAAAAACAGAAGUUGGAGUCAUCUAAUGUAGAAUUGGAAGUUGAGAAGAUAACUCUUGAAGAACUUCUUCACAAUGAAAGAUCCUUGUCGCUUGAGAAGGACGAAUUGAUACAGAAAAUUAGACUUACAGAGGAGCCUGAAAACAUUGAUGAAUAUAAUUCUACUAAACCUGGUUCAAAGGAUCAAUUAUUAGAGCUUGAACAAACCAAUCAGUUAUUACAAGAGAAGUUUGAAGAAAUGAGGAGUAAAUAUGAAGAUGAGGUUCAAGAGAGAAAAAAGGAUAAGAUUAAGUUAGAUGAAAUAAAAUCAAAACUUGAGGCUGCAGAACUUUCUAGAAUUAAAUUUGAGACCAUUGAAGGCUCAAUAAAAUAUCAAGUUAGUAAACUUGAAACAUCAUUAUCAGAUGUUACUAAUGAAUUAAAGACUUCUCGAGAAAAUGUUCAAUCUCUUGAAUUAUAUAUCAAAGAAUUGGAAGCGAAGACCGAAAGUGAUGCUGCAGAAAUUGCAGAUUUUGGUUUACUUCAACAAAGAAUACAAGAAGAUUUUCAGGAAGAACGAGAAAAAUAUAGAAAAGAAAUUGAUGAUGCACAAUAUACUCUUGAACAAACUAGGAAAAAGUACGAAGUUGAAAUGAAUAAACUUAAUGAGGAAAUUGAAUUAGAUAGAGUUAAUAUGUUAAACCUUCAAGAGGAGAAUAAAAAAUUAUCUUUGAAACUUAAAGAUUUGUUAACUAAUAAUAACGAAAGUUAUCCGUUAUUAAUUGAGGGUGAAAGAGAAAAAUUGAUAGGUCAAAUUACUGAAUUAAGUCAAUUAUAUAAUGAAAUAUCAGUUUCUAAUGAUGAACUUCAAACGCAGGUUAAUAAUUUGUUAAUUGAAAUGAGCCAACUAAAAAUGGCAUUGGAAGAAACUGAAACACAAAAAAUGUUAUUGGAAAAAUUGAAAAAGAAUCUUGAAGAUAGACUUGAUGAAAUCCAUGAACAAUACCAUGAUGCUAGUCAAAAUAAACAUGUAGCAGAGAAAAACUUAUCAGCCUUAGAUAGAGAAGUUUUUGAUCUGAAACAAUUAGUUGAAGAACAUCAAGAUGCUGCUAAUGCUUUAAGUGAGAAACUGAGAAAAGUUGAUGCUAGUUUGGCGGAUUCCCAAAAUGAAUUGGCAAAAGAAAAAGAAGAGAACCAAGAGCUAAUAAAGUCAAAGAUAAUAUUGGAAAAACAGAUUACAGAACUAAAUGCUAAAGUAGCUGAAUUGGAAACUAAAUUAAGUACUUCACCAAAAAAUCUAAAAAGACUUGAAACAAGACUUGAAGAAUUGACAUUAGCAAUUAAUAAUGAAACAAAUGAAAAGAAUGAAUCUAUAAGUAAUUUACGUAAAGCUAAUAGAACUAUACGUGAAUUACAAUUUCAAUUGGAAGAAAAUGAUAAGUCAAAACUAAGAUUUGAACAGGAAAUUUGCAAAUAUGAACAAAAGGUUGGAAAGUUGAGAGAAACUAUUGAAGAAAUGCAAAGUUCUGAAAGUUCUUUGCAAUUAAGUAAGAAACGCGCAGAACGUGAAGCUCAUGAAGCAAAAGAAAGAAUUGUUAGGUAAUUAAUGUAACUUGAAAAAGAACUUGAGAAAACAAAGUCUCGUCUUGGAAGAAGAAAUUCUAUGACAUCAGUAUAUUCAGUAUAUUCAUCUGCUUCUGCCUCAUCGAAUUCAUCAAAUUAAUUUAAUAAUUUUAAUAAUUAUAUAUGUAUUUUAGAAAGUUAAUGUAUUUCUACAAUGUAAUCAAUGUAUUUUAAUUCUUUUUUUUUACUUGUAUAUUAUCUGUAUUAUUUUCGGACUGGUUGG